UGUGCUCUAUGGGCAGCCGUUAAUCGUGCAGUCGUUAAUCGGGUAGUUGGUAUAGCUUAUGUCGUUUUUCUCGUCGCUUGUGAUGUUCCUAUUGUUAUCUGUGGCUGCAGUGCGUUCUUUUCAAAAGCCAAUUAAAGUGUCCAGCAUUUAAUCAAGUUGCCAGCAGCGCAACUUUGUCACAAAAGAGAGCAGCAAGUUUGCGGCGUCCUCAACGCCCAAGUGCGCGUGCCGCAUUUCUCAUACACUUCAGGCACAUUCGAAAAUUCCCAGUGAAAACAUACCCAUAAAUUAACAACUAAUUCAAUUAAAUGCUGACAGCGUCAACGGGCGAGGUAGCAGCAGAUUCCAGAGCGAUCCGGCAGCCACUGCAGUAAAGGGACAGUAAAGCCAAGGAGCUGCCUGUGCUGCAGUGCCGCAGGAUAUGCGGUGUGUAGCUUAAAGGCAACAAGAAAGUCGCCCGACAUCGUCAACAGCUUGCUACUACAAACCAAUAAAAAUCACGUCGCUUAACCACCAACACAUGCAGACAUUUUGAAUGCAGCUGGCGAGGAUAGCAACUUCAGCUGAAAGCCCCAACGAUGAGUGAGCAACGAAACAGCAGCACAACGGCUGCCGAGAGCGUAGCUGAAAGCGGUCCAGAUUUUGAUUCCUUGCGCGCUGCCUGCUAUGCACGUUUAAACAGCAGUAGCAAUAAUUUGGUAGGAGGAAAAUAUUGUGCCGGCACCUUCGAUGGCUGGCUCUGUUGGCCAGAUACCAUGGCUGGUAAAUCCGCCUACGAACGUUGUCCGGACUUCAUAACCGGCUUUGAUCCUACAAGAGAGGCACACAAGGAGUGCGGCAUUGAUGGCGAGUGGUACAAGCAUCCACUGACCAACAAGACCUGGUCCAAUUACACGACCUGCAUUAAUUUAGAUGACUUGGAGUUUAAACACAACGUGAACUUGAUCUAUGAGGUUGGCUAUGGUAUUUCACUCUUGGCCAUUUUACUGUCGCUUGCCAUACUGGGCUAUUUCAAAUCCUUGAAAUGUGCGCGUAUUACGCUUCACAUGAAUCUUUUCACCUCGUUUGCCGCAAACAAUUCACUGUGGCUGAUAUGGUAUCUGGUAGUCAUGCCGGACACUGAGUUACUGCAGCGGAGUCCGGCCUCGUGCGUGACGCUUCAUAUCAUCCUGCACUAUUUCCUGCUGACCAAUUACUCGUGGAUGCUGUGUGAGGGUUUCUAUUUGCAUACAGUGCUCGUCUCUGCAUUUAUUUCGGAAAAGAAGCUGGUCAAAUGGCUGAUUGCCUUUGGCUGGGGCUCACCGGCCAUCGUCAUAUUUAUCUACAGUAUGGCACGUGGACUGAGCGGUACGCUCGAACAAAAAGUUCACUGUUGGAUGAGCAGCACGGACUUUGACAACAUUCUGGUCGUGCCCGUUUGCAUCUCAAUGUUCCUUAAUUUGCUCUUUUUGUGCAACAUUGUGCGUGUGGUGCUACUGAAGCUCAAUGCACCAGCCAGCAUUCAGGGCAGCUGCGGACCCUCCCGUACUGUGCUGCAGGCAUUUCGGGCCACAUUGCUUCUGGUACCGCUUCUGGGUCUUCAGUACAUUGUGACGCCAUUUCGUCCUGCGCCCGGUCAUCCCUGGGAGAAUACAUACGAAAUCAUUUCAGCAUUUACGGCCUCAUUUCAAGGUCUCUGUGUGGCGACUCUGUUCUGCUUCUUCAACGGCGAGGUGAUUGCGCAAGUGAAGCGCAAGUGGAGAAUGUUGUGCUUCAGUAAUCGGCCGCGUACGAACUCCUACACAGCUACUCAGGUCUCGUUCGUUCGCUGCGGACCACCCCUGCCUGGUGAGGAAAAGGUAUGACUAAAAGAAUUGUCGGCCAAACGGCGUGCCUCGCACCAGCACCAGCACCACCAUCAACAUCAACAGCAGUCCCAGCAGACGCAGAAACGUGUGCGGAGUCAGAGCAUGGCAACAGGGGCUGGAGGAGCUGCAGCCUCCACUUCGUCCGCCAUAAUCGAUGGUUUGCGAAACAAAAUGCAUUUACUGCGCCGCAAGACCAUUGACAACUCGCGCAUACGACAGCCGCUUAUGGAGGAAGCGGCCAUGUCGCUGACAGCCGGCGGCGGCUCCACUUCCGCCGAUGCAUUGCCAACAGUAAGAAAUGGCGAAGAGGGCGCAGACGGGCCGACAAUGAUGAUGACAAUAGCAGAGGAUACUGCUGAAAUUUUAGCGGCACCAACCAACACAACUACAACAACCCCAACCACAACAACUGAAACAGGAACAACAACGACACAGCAUCAUAUUGGCCAACAGAUUAGCAUUAACAAUGGAUUGCGACAGCCCAGUGGCGUUGUCAUUGUCAGCACACAGCCAAUGGGCCAGCACAUGGCCGACGAAGCGCUUUAACUAGCUUAGCUAACUCAACAAGCAGCACAGAUACAAAUUCAUCUUUAAUUUUUUCCACUUCUUAUAUAUGUCUGUGUACAUAGAUGUAGUAUAUGUAUAUUCGUAUAUAGUAUGUAAUAUUUAAUUUGCGUUGCCCAUUUAGAUGAAAUCACAAAGCAGCAAUGAAAUCUCAUAGUGUAAGUGCAGAAUCAAGUCAAAAUGGCUAGGCUAGGCGACCCAGAAACAGCACAUGCUCAUAAAACUAUCCAUUAUGAAGAACAAAUUAGGCCAUUCAACAACUCACUAGCAGAAUACAAGUAUUUAAAGAGAACCUCCCAUAAGGGCAGACGGCGGAAUUUUCCAAAUGUAUGAAAAUGUUAAAAUUAAGAAUUUAUGUGGAUAUUAAAUAUCAAUGUUGUUGUCGUCUUGAGUAUCAUGCAUGUUUCUACGAUAUGUAAGCUUAGCUUUCUCACAUUUCAACUUGAUCCACCUCCUUAAGAAACUGACAAGUAGACCGCUUAAGAAAAUGCUGAAAUGUAACU